CUUGUGUUUUUGACGCAAAGAAUCGCGACUGUGUAACUACUUGUUUUCGUUAUAAAAUUAUUCUUUUUAUUCACUUUUGUAUUUAGCAUUGGAAUGGGACCGGCUGCAGCCUUUAUUGGAGCCGAACUUGCUCCACCAAA